CCUUUUGUUUGUGUAAUCCGCUCCUGUGGGGCUGCGGCUAAAUGUAUGCUCGGCUCAUUGAACUUCCCCAACGUGCGCAACAGGCAGACGGCAGACGACAGACGACAAACAAACACAGACAUUGUAGCGGCAAUUAGCAGCUCUAGUCGAGAAAUGGUCAAUGAUAAGGAUGUCGACAUUUUGCGUCCGCUAAGCGAUAGCGAAGUGGACGAGUUGAUGCAGCUGUAUAGCGACAAAUAUGGUGUGCUCAAUUUCCAUUACCUGCUGCUGUACAAUCAGCGCAAAUGGGAUCACCAGCUGGACGCGGCGGGCAUUUCCCGAGAUGACGAGGCACACAUUUCGAUGCGCAAGCGAUUCUAUACUCAUCGGACGGGUGAUUUUCGUCGCUAUGGCACAUACGUCAGUCUGCACCAGGACAUUGUGCAAAGCGUGUCCUUCUUCACAUGGCAGCCAAUCGAACCCGUUGAGCUGUUCGCUUGCCUCGAGCAAACGCAAUACAUUCAAUGGUCCAAAGGAGCGCUGCUCACUAACGUUAAUCUUGGCUUUUGUGAACGCGUCAAAGAGCUGGCCACGAGGAAGGGAGCUGCUGGCAUCCAAGCACGUCAAUGCCAUGGCAUGGUAUUGGCCAAUGCUGAUGCCCGCGGAGCGAAAGUGCCUGACCAGUUGUCGGACUUUGAGCUGCGUCGCCUAACCGUUGAGGAUGCGGCCUUAGUACACGCAAAGUGGACCAACAAUGGCGAAGGAUCGCUUGCCUACAUCCGUGCUUUAAUCGAACACAAUCAAACACUUGGCGCCUGUCGCAGCGACACCGGUGAGCUGAUCGCCUGGAUAUUCCAGAACGAUUUCGCUGGCCUUGGCAUGCUAACGGUGCUGGCCAAGGUGGAACGACGAGGCCUUGGCGGUCUCUUGGCUGCGGCGAUAACCAAACUGAUUGCGAAACGGGAACAGGUUACGCUCACCGCAUGGAUUGUCGACGGCAACUGGCGCUCGGAGGCGCUACUCACCCGCAUUGGCUACAAAAAGUCAGUCGUCAACGAGUGGAUUAAGCUGUUGCCCGCAUAACUUCUGGCAACCUGUUGAGUGUAGGUUGAUGUGGGCUAUGUCGUUAUGGCAUUAGGCAUUAGCUAGUGGUGAAUGAGGUUUGGGCAACGGCAAGAAAAGUCAAAGGGUUUUAUAUAGUAGUACGUAGUAUCUCUAUAUGCCUAUGUACACCGUCAACAAUUUUUAUUACGCAUUUCGAUGCGUUUAGAUCUUUUA